AUGCCGACGGAAGAGCGACUUCGCGUGGCAAGAAAAGCCGAGUUCGAGACGCAGUCUGAAAUUGCUACCAUGGACUUUUUACGUGUCGAUUGUGCCUUUUCCUUGCUCGAAUACAUACAUGGCAAUACAGCGAAAGACGUGUCAAAAAGCUAUCCCGGUGACCAUGAGGGCAUCCCGCCCCAGUUUGAGACCAAGUUUUGGCGGCAGUUUGCCCAUACUAUGAUACAGCUCGCGUCGAUUCGGAUGCCAAAGAUUGCGUCGAUUGUUUACGACGAGAAAAACACUGGCUCGUUCACGGUCGGCCCAUUCGUCGAGACAGGAACAGGUCCUCAGGAAUCCCCCGCCGAGUUUUAUUCGUCCUAUCCAUUAGCAUUGCACAAACAACUUGGCGAGGCAACCAGUGGCCAGAAAGAGGCCAUUGACACCGUCCGGCGAAUCGCAUCAACAUUGGCAGCGGCACAGACGGACACUCACGUUGGAUUUGGGCUCGUAAACUACGACCUGAACGCGAACAAUGUCCUCGUCGAUCGAGACUUUAACAUUGUUGCAGUGAUUGACUGGGAUUCUGUCAUCUCAGCGCCGGAUGCUGCGCUCAACCGAUUUCCAUUUUUAAUGGGCAUAGACCCUGCUGUGCCGGGGGCAGUGAAAUCGCAGCUGCCCGCGAUUGUUCGACGACAGGACUCGGCGCGACGAUUCGCCGCAGUUGUCGAGGAAGUCGGGCACGAGCAACCCACCAUUCUGACGACACGAGGGGGCAUGAAACAUGCAGCAUUUACUUUCACCAAACAAGGAUUUUUUACGAAAGAAGCAGUCGCAGUCCGCUCGCUCACAUAUGUUAAAAUGAAACAAGACUGCGUCAAUGAUCAGUGGCGGGCAGGAUUGGACUGGUUGGAUGGGCAAGACGACAACGCGGUAGUUGAUGUCUAUCUUCGUGUUGCAUAG